AUGGCAUCUACGACCGUCAUUACGGACGAUAUGAUCGCCUUGCUCCAAGAUGAGCAGGGAGACAGCAGCAAUCCUUCACCCGUUGAGCUCCUCUUGCCCGGAUCCAACAGCUACGUAGAGCACCGUAAACUUCGUGACGGUGCCUUAGGGUUUGAGCACAUUCACCCCGCGGCCAUCGCCGUGCCGCGAGACGCCUCCGAGGUGGCACGCCUGAUUCGGUGGGUGAAGUCCGUGGGCCUCAAGUUCACCAUCCGCGGAGGAGGAAACGACUUCUGGGCACGGAGUAUUGCACAUGAUGCUCUCAUGAUCGACAUGCGCGACAUCAACACUGUCAAGGUUGCAGAAGAUCGCCAGACUGCCGUCAUAGGUGGCGGAAUCAUCGCCAAAGAUGUCAUUCUUAAGCUCGGUGAAGUCGGCCUCAUGACGCCAACCGGUACGACCUGGAUUAUAGGAUAUGCAGGUUGGAUGUCAAACGGCGGAUACGGGCCUAGUACCCAUCUAUACGGUAUGGGUAUCGAGCAAGUAGUCGGCGCAGAGUUGGUGAAUUCGCAGGGUGAGCAGGUUGUCGCGGACGAGGAGAUGCUUGAGGGCAUCCGCGGCGUAUGUGGCCAUCUUGGCGUGAUCACAAGUCUGACGGUGAAGGUAUACCCCAAGUAUGAUCCACUUGGUGGUAUCCUCGCCUACGAAUGCAGCGACAUCAGACGUACCCUCCAGGCAUACUUCAAGGCAUCUCCCACUCUCCCGAUGCCCAAAGAGCUGACAAUUCACCACUUCGUCAGUUUUCAACCUCAGCUCGGAGUGACAUUCAGCAUUUUCCGGACUUGGUCGGGUCCGGAUGCGAAGAAGGGCAGGGAAGUGCUGCAAACCUGGAAAGACAACACUCCGCCGCUGCUUAUGGCUACCGUAGAGGAACUGCCGGACAAAUUGAGGCAGCAGAAGAUGCCAACGCCAUGUCCUCUGGGAGGUGGCCAACGUAACUGCUUCCUCUCCCGCCUCCCUACAGAUGAAGCUGCCGAUGAGCUUGCUGCGACUAUUCUCGACGCCGCUGAGACGAUGCCAAAGACAAUGGGUCCCAACAUUGCAUGGAGCGGGAUGACGAGCAUCGACCCGGACAAGAUGCCGCCUAAUUGCUUCGUGGACUGGAGUCACUCCUACUUCUCGUGCUCGUAUCAGUAUCCAUCCGAAGGAUAUGCCGAAGAGAUAGAUAUCUGGAGUAAAUCCCUGAUUGGAAGGCUUCGUUCACUGGGGAAGGACUCAGUCCACGACCGAGGCUACCCGGCCACCAACAAGCCAGGGGACAACACCGCGGAGGAAAUGUACGGAGAGAAGUGGUCCCGGGUGAAGGAGCUGAAGAUGAAGUACGAUCCAGACAAUGUUUUUGACCAUGCGUAUCCCGAGAUUGAGCUCUGA